UGGCGGAGUAGCAACGCGAAGCGGUUAGUAUUAAGUCUCUGGGCCGACUUGGGUUCUGGUCUCCGCAGCAGCAGUGAUCGCUGAGCGAAGAGCGCCUAGGGUAAUUGCCCAAGAUGCCGAAUAUCAAAAUCUUCAGCGGCAGCUCCCAUCAGGACUUAUCCCAGAAAUUUGCUGACCGCCUGGGCCUGGAGCUAGGCAAGGUGGUGACUAAGAAAUUCAGCAACCAGGAGACCUGCGUGGAAAUUGGUGAAAGUGUACGGGGAGAAGAUGUCUACAUCGUUCAAAGUGGUUGUGGUGAAAUCAACGACAAUCUAAUGGAACUUUUGAUCAUGAUUAAUGCCUGCAAGAUCGCUUCAGCCAGCCGGGUUACUGCAGUCAUCCCAUGUUUCCCUUAUGCCCGGCAGGAUAAGAAAGAUAAGAGCCGGGCUCCAAGCUCAGCCAAGCUUGUUGCAAAUAUGCUGUCUGUAGCUGGUGCAGAUCAUAUUAUCACCAUGGAUCUACAUGCUUCUCAAAUUCAGGGCUUUUUCGAUAUCCCAGUGGACAAUCUGUAUGCAGAGCCAGCUGUCCUGAAAUGGAUUAGGGAGAAUAUCUCUGAAUGGAGGAACUGCACUAUUGUGUCACCUGAUGCUGGUGGAGCCAAGAGAGUGACCUCCAUUGCAGACCGGUUGAAUGUGGACUUUGCCUUGAUUCACAAGGAACGGAAGAAGGCCAAUGAAGUGGACCGCAUGGUGCUAGUGGGAGAUGUGAAGGAUCGGGUGGCUAUCCUUGUGGAUGACAUGGCUGACACUUGUGGCACAAUUUGCCAUGCAGCUGACAAACUUCUCUCAGCUGGAGCCACCAGAGUUUAUGCUAUCUUGACUCAUGGAAUCUUUUCUGGCCCAGCCAUUUCUCGCAUCAAUAAUGCAUGCUUUGAAGCAGUAGUGGUCACCAAUACCAUACCUCAGGAGGACAAGAUGAAGCAUUGCUCCAAAAUACAGGUGAUUGACAUCUCUAUGAUCCUUGCAGAAGCCAUCAGGAGAACUCAUAAUGGGGAGUCUGUUUCCUACCUGUUCAGCCAUGUUCCUUUAUAACAAUACCUUGAGACUUUUUAAAAAAUAAAAUCAACCCCAUCCCU